GUAAAAUUAAGGAAGUUUUUAGUUCCCCUGUUAAUUCAGAGUUACAGAAAGCCCUGAUUUUAGUCGUUGGCAAAUUGCUUCCACUACACAGAGCCAACAAGGUUGUCUGGAUUCAGAAGAGAGCAGGCUCCUUAACUGCCAGAUGCCUUUACUGUAGUGAUGGAAGCCUACUGAUGGACACCACGAUGAAGGACCGUAAUAAAAGGUCAUUGAUUGUAUCGAUAAGCCCUACAGUAUCCUACUGGAUGGAUAGCACCACUACACAUUUAAAGGGGAGCAGCACAAUGCUGACACUUUGGGCUUCAUCUUCAUGUUCUAGGAACCAAGAUCCAAACAUGUGACCCGCUUUACAGAGGUGGGUUGUGAUACUGAAGAACAAAAGCAACCAAAAGAAGUGUGCACAAUGGAAACAAAUGAAAUAGUCAUGGUAAUGUGCUGUGACUGAUGUGACAUGCACAGUGUAAUAAGACACUCGAAAAAUAUUAAAAUACAUGAGUUUUGCUCAGACAUCUGUGAGGGACUAUGUUGGGCCGGGCCUGGGCCUGGGUCUGGGCCUGGGGCUGGGUCUGAGGCCGGGGCUGGGCCUGGGGCUGGGGCAGGGGCUGAGGCCAGGGCUGGGGCUGUGUGGUUUCAGAAGACAGAAGCACCCAGACCAAGCAGAGGACUCAGCAUGUAUAACCUCAGCACAGAAUACUAUGCGAGAAACUGAAAGGAUGUUCCAAAAAAUCUGUUAAACUAUACUGAUAAAAACUUAAAAUCCAAUUUAGAAUACCAGUAGCAUGCAGAUAUAACACCACGACCAAUAAGAAAUAACACUUUACAAUGGUUGUAGUUCUGUGCUCUUUGCUUUUAAAACCCCGAAAAACUGUCAAAUUACAUUUCAUUUUUGACAGUUGAAAUGUGUUAAAGCAAUAAUCAAGCAAUGGAUCUGGGGUUCUUUACUGAAUAAAAGGGCAGGUUUUACCUACUCUAGCCUCUAUCAUUUUAAAUAUAUGUAUUUGGAAAAUGUCUUUGUGUCUUUAAUUUUAACUAUAUUGAUUAAUCGGAAAUGUUGCCGGAAAAAAAUCUCAUGAUCUUACAAUGACUGGGUUGCUAGGGUUCAGUUUAACGGUGUGACAUCUUUUUUACAAAUCUGGAAAAGCAUCAUCGUUCAGUUAACCUCCACAUGGUUUUAGUCUUGCUGUGAAUAGUAUUUACAGCACAUAGUCUUUAUCUGCCUGGUGCACACUCUUCCUCUGCCAAAAACACACCUUCCUCAGAGAUCAGACCAGAUUACCACUACUUCCCAAUAGUUUCUGCUGUACGAAGGAAGCUAUUGAAAGCAUCAUGAUAUGUCUUUGUAUUUGUCCGUCUGGUGUUAUAGCAGGCAACAAAGAUUAAGAGGAACGAUUAUGAGUAACACCAACCCUCCUGUCAAACCGUUGUCUUCUUGACUCUCCUACCUCAGAACCCAGGGUUAGGGUCUGUCUUUACACCAGGCCUAGGGUUUCUCCCCUUCCUGACUGUGGCAAUCUCCAUUAUCUGUAGGCUUACACAAGACAAGUGAAGAGAUCUAACCCCCAACCUAAUCUAAUCUCCCUGGCCUUCAUUUCACAACAAAAGCACACACAUUAACAUACAUCACACAAACAUGGUCAGAUGCAUAUGUAUAACUUCAUACCUACAAGCAAUGUGUAAAGGAAAUUAAUAUACAUUUUAGCAGUUGUUUGUUUUGCUGUUGAAAUUGAUGAAGAAAUAAGCAAAAUGUUGACACAUAGCACAAAGUUGGUUACAAUGGGAUUCCAAACUGUAAAGUGAAAACUGACAAAGACGAAGGAGCAAACCUGAUUGGCUGUCACGGACGUUGUCACAAAUUGAAACUAGAUAAAUAUCAGAGACUGACAUUUUCACAUGACAAAUCACCAAUGCCCAGGAACAGGGACAAAACCAUCUCUGAUACACCCCCACACAAAGAUUUACAGAAGUCAAAAUAAGUUCCUUUUUUCUGUUUUAUAGACGCACAGUGGGGCUUACUUGAUACAUCAGUUAAGUUUAAUUGUAUUUUAGGGCCUGAAGAAAGGGGGCUCUCAGGGGAAGCAAAAACUGGGUAGACGGAGACAUCUUGGUGAGAAUAAAUUUAGUAACAUUGUAAAAUGGCGAGGGACAAGUUUUAAAAGUUUGGGGAACAGAACUACUGCUAGCAAAGUGCCAGUGAGUCAGUUGGUUUGGACAAGAAGUCUCCAUGUUGCAUUACAGAAUGGAGGGAUACCUCAUCAGUACUCCAUCGGAGGAGAUGUACGAUCCAGAGAUCUACAGGCAGCAGCUCUCAGAGUACACAUACAACCCUUACAUCAAUGGAGAAAACCAAACAGAUCAAUGGGACUACGCUUCCCACGUCCACUCUGUUGAAUAUGAGAACCUCCAGGACAGCCACUUCACAGAGCUCCAGAAUGCCCAGGCCUUGCACCCCCCCGCCAUGCAUCGCUAUGAUGUGGAGACCCUUCUGGACCCUGGCUUGGGGCCGCACCAUCAUGUCUUACCACCACCUGUGCAGUACUUCCCGCGGCCGUGCUAUCCCCACCUGUCCCCAGUGCAGCGGAGCUCGGACGAGGAUGAGCACGGGGUCCGCAGCCCGCCCCUGGAGGUGUCUGAUGAGGAGUCUCUGAGAGAACACCACUCCUCCACCUCCGUCGGGGAGCUGGGUAAGGAGAGGAGUUGGCAUGAAUGUAACAAGAAGAAGAUCCGUCUUUACCAGUUCCUACUCGACCUGCUGAGGAAUGGAGACAUGAAGGACAGUAUCUGGUGGGUGGACCGAGACAAGGGCAGCUUCCAGUUCUCCUCCAAACACAAGGAGGCUCUGGCCAAUCGCUGGGGCAUCCAGAAGGGCAAUCGCAAGAAGAUGACAUAUCAGAAGAUGGCGCGGGCUCUGCGCAACUAUGGCAAGACAGGGGAGGUCAAAAAGAUCAAGAAGAAGCUAACCUACCAGUUCAGUGGUGAAGUACUGGGGAAGACUCACUCUGAGAGAAAAACAUACAUGUAGAAAUAACGUGAAGAGCUAGGUGGUAAAAGAUCGGAUGAGGGGGAAAGGUUGCAAUCAGAUAAAGGUGCUCAUGUAAUAUAUUUACAUAUAUAAAAUAGCAGUUAUUGAACUGCUGAUUUCUGUCAAUUGCAUUGUCAAAAUUUACUGUAAGUCAUACCUGUAUGGGUCAAUACUACAGUAAUAGUAUGUUUUUAUAACUGUUAAAGCCUGCAUUAGGAGAGUUGUCAAGACUGGCUGAACUAUUUAACUUAAAUGUCUUUGUUUUUUAAAUGUUGCUGUCAAAUUUGAAGAAUUCAAAAAGAAAAGAAUGUUCCAGAAGAGCAGUGUAAGCUGUUGGCCACUAGGGGCCAUCAGUGACCUCCCUGCUUGGUUGUAAGAUCUCUCUUGCAUAAACUGUCUGAUGCUCAGUAGAGUUUGUUCAGGCUAGGGCAUAAGGAAAUAUUAAAGGAAGACAUGACUGCAAUCAAUCAGUCGUCCAAAACCUGAACAUUACCAGCAUGUAAACCCCCAGAGCAGUUUCAGUGGCUUUGCAGCUCAGACGUGGUCUACUUGACCCUUGCAUUCAAGAUGGUUGUGAUCUCCAGGGGCUGAACCUGAACACUUUUUGGAUGAACUCCUCCAUAUUGUCCUCUCAAGCCUGGUGACCUCUCUGACUCCGACAGACGGGAGAGGUGAAGAAGUCUGUCACCCUGCUCUUAUCCACUGCCCGCGUGUCCGAUGGACCACAUAUUCACCAGAAGAGGGAGGGGAAGAGAGAUAGAGAGAGAGGGAGAGAGAAAGAGAAAGAGAGAGAAGGUUUUCCAUUCCCCUUCGUUGGAAAACACAAUCCAUUCGGACAAUGCUCUCCUUCAUAGUGUCACAUUCUUUCACAGUGCCACUUCACUUUCAACCAUACUUUGUAAAAUUGUAUUUGUUGUUAUGUUGUUAUAAUAAUUAUCAAUGUAAAAUAGAUGUAAUAAAGGUGUUAGCUUGA